CUUAUGUAUUAUGGAAGUUAGGAUUUAGCUCAAAGCCCUUUUAGCUACCAGCUCCAGUUCUGGGCAUUGUUCUACUUGAGGAGUAAUUGGAUCGUGCAGUAUUUUAUUUGGAUCACACGACCGGGACAGGCUUAGAAUACGUCGGGUCACCCCAAACUAAGUACAAAAAUAAACAAGUGGCCUCAAAUCUCCGGCACGUUAUCUCUGCAACUCAUAAGAUACCUACCUAUGUUUAUUAAAUUUGGUGGGCUCUGAUCGCACCCAAUUAUUGAUGGGAGCCAAUCCUAUUGAAUUCUUGUGUCCCUCCGUUGUAUUUCUGAUCUGGACCCAAUGGCUUCACUGGUUCUCCUGCCAGCGUUCCGUUGCCAUUACCUGCCGAAACCAUCGAGACCACUCGGGUCGAUCCCAGCCGUCCGUCUGAUGAUCAAGAAAACCCCCAUUAUUAAAGCAGUGGGUGCUGGAACGAUGGGUGAGUACAAGUCCACCGAAGAGAUAAAAUCAGCUCUUUAUCAGGCAGUUGAAGGGCUCAAUAGAGGGAUAUUUGGGGUUACUUCUGCAAAGAAAUCUGGGAUACUGGAGCUUGUGGAGUUGCUGGAGUCCAGAAAUCCUACACCACACCCUACAGAUAACCUCUUGGAUAAGGUUGACGGCUGUUGGAAGCUGGUUUACAGCACGAUUUCUAUACUUGGAGUAAAGAGAACAAAGCUUGGAUUGCGUGAUUUCAUUGCGCUUGGAGAUUUCUUUCAAAAGAUUGAUGUCUCUAAGGAGAAAGCUUUCAAUGUGAUCAAGUUCAAUGUGACAGGAUUGAAGAUGCUCAAUGGGCAGCUCACCAUAGAGGCAUCUUAUAAGAUCACAUCUAAAACGAGAGUUGGUAUCAAGCUAGAAAAAUCAACCAUUACUCCAGAUCAGCUGAUGAACCUGUUCAAACAGAACUACGAUCUUCUCCUGGCUAUUUUCAAUCCAGAGGGUUGGCUUGAUAUAACAUAUGUUGACGACUCCUUGAGGAUUGGGAGAGAUGACAAAGGCAACAUUUUUGUGUUGGAGAGAACUGAAAAUGAGCUUUGAUGCCAGAAUUUCCAGCCGACAAGGAAACGCAAAUCUUCUCAAACAAGAAUCGAGACAACAGCAAUGCAGAAACAAGCUCCACCAGUUAUGGCUUGGCUUGUAACUUGUCUUUGGAAACAGUACGAAGAGAUUAAUUUCUUCUUUGUCAGAGAUAAUCGAAUUUUUUAAGAUAAAAAUUGGAAGGGUAAAGAAGGAAAAUACAUGAGAUGAGCUCAUGUCAAAGCAAGAAAGAUUAUUAGCAAAUAAAAGAGUUUUUGGUCGACUUUA